AUGACAGAUACUGUGAGCAGGCUGUCAAGUGGAAAGAAGAAAACAGUGAAAAUUUUUAGAGCGUUCAUUUUACAGUAUUUUAACUCUGAGGAUUGCAACCUUUUUCUGAUUGAAAAAUUGAAUACAGCUGCAAACUUUCUCAGUCUUGAGGAAAUUUGUUCCAUCUGCAUCAUGGGAAGGCCUUUGUUUUUGUAUGUAUUUUUAUUCUACUGGCAUUUCCUAAAUGCUUUAUUCACAGUUGAAGCUCCUCAGUCACUCUGCAUUGUGGAACGUGGGAACAAUGUGACCAUGGAAUGCACAUUUCCAGUGAAUGGGAAGUUAGAGUUUAGAGAUUUAAGUGUCAGCUGGGAUAAGAAAGAUGAGUUGAAGCAGGUUUAUGUACUUCGCAAAGGAGAGGAAGACCUCAAAAAUCAGCACAAUGACUUUAAGGGAAGAAUAAAAUUGUUGAAAGAGAAUCUGAACUUGGGACAGUCUGUCCUUCAGAUCACUAACGUGAAGCUCAGAGAUGCAGGAAUUUACCGCUGUGUUGUUGCCUAUGGGGGAGCUGACUACAAGACAAUCCACCUGAAAGUUAAGGCUCCUUACAGAAUUAUAAACCAAGGAGUGGAGAGCACAGGACACAACGAAUGGAAGUUGACAUGUCAGUCAGAAGGAUACCCAGCAGCUGAAGUGAUAUGGCAAAAUAGAAACUACGAAGAUUUGACUUAUAAGGCAAACACAAAAUUUGAAACUGCAUAUGACCAGUUGUACCGUGUGACAAGUACCCUCACAAUCAAAAGUGGAAUUGAUGACAUUUUUUACUGUAUAUUCUGGAAUAAAGAGCUGCAAGAAAAUACAACUGCCAUUUUACACCUAGCAGAUUCAACUGAUGGCAUUCUCCAGACUAAGAGCAGACGCUUUGUUGGAGCAACUCUCAUUGCAACUGCUUUUGUUGGAUCAGUGCUUCUGUUUCUGCUCUGCAUAAGAAAAGCUAGAGCAAAUAAGGGCAACAGAACACCUGUGGCGAGUCCAUCAAUAGCAAAACUUGCAAAAGAUAAGGAUACACACAACUGCAGAGAUGCUUUUUUUGAAGACAGAGAGCUGAAAUAUAUGCAAAUCGAGAAGACCUAGAGAGAACAGAGGAAGACUUUUUCCCUCUAUUGUGAAGAUUUGUCAGCUCAAAUGUUCUGUGUUCUAUAUAUUGAAGGGGAUAUAAUUUUUUUUGUAUUUAUUGUGUGAUGGCAAUCUUCUAUAUUGUUGUAACACAGGAAAAAUUUAAGAAAGUUAAAAAAAUUAUUAUAGCAUAAAAAAUAUUGAAUAGAUUCUGUAUAUGUGACUAGAUAGUGAGGUAUUUAUUUAAACAUCAAAGUUUCUACCUUCUCUAGGCAAAUGUGUGUUUCAAAGAUUUCAUUUAAUUAAAUGUAUCUUUCAGGUAAAGCACUUUAGGUCUAUGACCAUCAUGAAUUUCAUAGCUAGCUCUUGAUAGAUCAUCUUCUGAACCUUUUUUCUUCCUUCUUCACCUGAGCUCACAAUUUCCUGCACAUAACUGGUUUUCCAUAGUUUAAAGAAUCUUUUCAAUACUUUGAUCCUCAUAAAAGGUGCAACAACACAAAUUGCCAUACAUGCAGGGCAUUUUCAUUAUUAAAAUACCAGAUGCUCUCAGCUAAGCCUGAAAAAGAUGAUUUAAAAUUCUUGGUAACUAUGGUUUGGAAAUUAAAUAAUACUAAGCUUUUUGAUAUUUUCUUUGAAAAGCAUUGUGGGCAUUUAAUUUCCUCAUGAUAUUGCUGGCACUACUUGGUUACUGUGCACUGUAUUCUGAUUUACAGUCUGGGGAUAAUACAAUUCUUUGGACAUUUAGGAAAAACAGCCCUUGCUUUAGAUUAUAAUUUUGUUUUCUUGGGAAUGGGAAAAGGAAAACAUACUUACUUCUAGGACAUGAAAUAACUGCACAUGUGAUUACAUAGAAAUGCUGAAGAAACCUGUUCUUCGUUCCCGUUUCACAAGUUAUUGUUGUCUGCAUUUUGCUAAGUGCUUAGCUUUUUGUGGGGGGGAUCAUACACAGGUGAAA